AUGAGAUCACAAUCUCCAGGUGUAGAAAUGUUCUUUUUUCCCUUUUUGGGUGGAGGAAUUCCGAAUGAUCGACCUGGCCAGGCUGUUCUCAAGCCAUGGUGUCAAAGCCAGUAUGAUCACCUUCCCGAACGAUGCAGCUGUCUUUGAAAAAUCAAUCAGAAGAGACCAGCAAUCUGGGCACGACAUCAAACUCCUCACUCUUCAAACCCCUGCAGAUGAUGCCGGCCUCAGCACAACAGACAUGUCUGCCCCGCCGCUCACUGACACCUCCGUUCUCCAAGAACCCCUCAAACAAGUCAUCAAAGACUACACCCCGGACUGCAUUGUCGCCGAUGCCUUCCACUGUUGGGUGCCGUACGUUACUGACCAAAUAGGGAGUUCACAAAUCAUCUUUAAUGGCAAUUGUUGCUUUGCCAGCUGUUGUGAAUAUAGUCUCAGACGGCAUUCGCCUCAUACAGAAGUCAGCUUGGAUUCUGAGCCCUUUCGAAUUCCGGGUCUUCCUGGUAAGAUAGAACUGACUAGGUCUCGGCUUCCGCCGGCCUUUCUCCGAAUGGGGAAUGGAGUUCCAGCUAAGAUGAUGAUAGCAGAGCAGUACAGUUUUGGACAAGUUAUUAAUGGUUUCUAUGGUCUAGAACCAGCUUAUGUUGAUCAUUGUAGAAAUGCAAUGCGAAAGAAAAUUUGGCUUGUUGGACCCGUUUCUUUAUGCAACAACAAUCUCGAAGAUAAGGCAACAGAGAGAGGUCAAAAGGCCACUAUUGAUGAAAGUAGUUGUUUGAGAUUGAGUUGGCUUGAUUCCAAGAAACCAAGUUCAGUUGUAUUUAUAAGUUUUGGCAGCCUAGCUAGACUCAGCUCCACUCAACUUUAUGAAAUCGCUUGUGGUCUUGAAAAUUCAGGUCAUCCGUUCAUAUGGGUGGUGGGAAAAGCACUAGAGGAAGCAGGUAAGGAUAAAUUUCCGGAUGGACUUGAGGAGGGGAUGAUAGGAAAUAAGAAGGGAUUGAUAAUCAAAGGGUGGGCUCCACAGUUGCUUAUCUUGGAACACGAGGCUAUAGGUGGGUUCCUGACGCAUUGUGGAUGGAAUUCUGCUCUGGAGGGAGUGUGUGCUGGGGUGCCUAUGAUCACCUGGCCGCUCUCAGGGGAGCAUUUUGCCAAUGAGAAGUUGGUGACAGAUGUGUUGAAGAUUGGAAUAGCAGUUGGGAGUGAGGGAUGGGCGUCGUGGCCAUUGGAGAGGAAGGAGGUGGGGGGGAGGGAGAAAGUGGAGGCGUCUGUGUUAAGGCUGAUGAGUGAUGGUGAAGAGAGGAAGAGGGUGAAAGAAUUAGUGAAGAUUCGUAAGACGGCGGUGGAAGAAGGCGGGUCUUCGUUUAAUGACACGCCAUCGUUGAUUGAGGAACUCAAGUCCCUCCGGCGGGCGUAAAAUAUGGUAGUAAAAUACUACUUGCAGCAAAAUAGAAGUCCGUCAGGGAGGGUGGGGGUGGCGGUGGCGGCGUCUAGUCCACCACUAGGUUAGGAGGAAGAAAAAAAAAAGAAAAAGAAUUGUGUGUGUUUGUGCAACGUUUUGUACGAAAACAACGAGGUGAAUUGAUGCUCUGCCUAAUUACUCUUGAUGGAAAUUUUAUUGAUCUUUUCUGCUGAAAUAGUACUCCAAUGCAGUAAAUCAGAAUUUGGAUGUCGUUUCAUGGGGUUGGUUCUUGUUGCACAAACUAUUAUGGGGUGUUUGAGAAAUGGGUUACGCUCACUACAUAACUCAUCGACUGUGAAAUUGCAAGAAAUUGACGAUGGAAGUUAGUAUACUGUUCUGAGUUUAUCACUUAUUUGAUGCUACUUGUGUAUAUAAUUGGAAUUUCUUGUAUUUUAAAAGUCUGUCGUGGGUUACAUGUAACUUUAUAAA